GGCAGGCUAAAGUCUAAAUCUCUAUAAGAAUUAACCUCCGUCGCCUCCGUCUGCGUCUGCAUCUGCAUCUGCAUCUGUCGUCUGUUGUCUAUACGCUCACAAAUUAAUCCUUUUUAUGUUGGGUAUCCGAUACUCCUUUUUGAGAUCUGUUCUUACUAGUGGUAGGUGAAAGUGAGAUGGUGCUCAAAGACCAAAAAUUCUUACGCUGCUUCUUCUUCGUUAUCGUCUUCUCAAUACACGUGGUUGCACUCGAUUCUGCCGAUGCGAUCCAAGGUUGCGGUGGCUUUGUCGAGGCGAGGUCGUCUUUGAUUAACUCAAGGAAGCCAACUGAUGCGAAAUUGAAUUAUUCACACAUCGCGGUUGAGCUGCGUACCUUGGAUGGUUUGGUGAAGGAUAGAACGCAAUGUGCUCCUAAUGGUUACUACUUCAUCCCGGUUUAUGAGAAGGGUUCUUAUGUUAUCAAAGUUAAGGGACCUGAAGGAUGGUCGUGGGACCCAGAUCAGGUUCCCGUGCUUGUCGAUCAUACUGGAUGUAAUAGAAAUGAAGAUAUAAAUUUCCGGUUCACAGGAUUCAGUAUUAGUGGAAAAGUUGUGGGAGCAGUUGGCGGUGAGAGCUGUUCGUCUACCGAUGGCGGUCCAUCAAAUGUAAAUGUUGAGCUUCUGGAUUCCAGUGGGAAUAUUGUAUCGUCUGUUUUGACAUCAAUAGCAGGAAGUUAUUCUUUCACCAACAUAAUUCCAGGAAGGUACAACCUACGCGCCUCCCAUGCUGAUCUUAAUAUUGAAGUUAAAGGUUCCACAGAGGUUGACUUGGGGUUUGGAAAUAGCCAAGUUGAAGAUGUCUUCUUUGUCUUUGGUUACAAUAUACGUGGAUUGGUAGUUGCACAAGGAAACCCCAUUUUAGGGGUUCACUUUUAUCUGUACUCUGAUGAUGUCAAGGAAGUGCACUGCCCACAGGGUUCUGGUAACCCCUCUGGACAUAGAACUGCACUUUGCCAUGCCCUAUCUGAUGCUGAUGGAACAUUUAUAUUUAAGUCAAUUCCAUGCGGUAAUAUUUUAGAUUCUUUUCCUCCGUCUCUCUUGAUUAGAUAUGGCACUGAAUCUGUUCAUUCCAGCGACAUUUGCAUGGAUAAAACCUUCCUCUAG